AUGGCUGGAGAGGGAAACGGCACGACAACGAUAAGGUUCAUCCUCCUCGGAUUCCUAAGCGUUCCAGAGCUCCAGGUUUUCUUCUUUGUGAUGUUUUUGGGGAUCUACCUCAUCGCCAUCGCCGGGAACCUAGGGCUCUUCACUCUGAUCAGGAGCGGUGAUCCCCAUCUCCACACCCCCAUGUACUUUUUCCUCAGCAACCUGGCCUUCACUGACAUCUGCUACUCCUCCACCAUCACCCCAAAGAUGCUCUCAGACUUCUUCCGGAAGGAGAAAACCAUUUCUUUCCUGGGCUGUGCCACUCAGUUCUUUGUCUUUGCCAGCCUGGGGGGUGGCGAGUGCCUUCUUCUGUCCGCCAUGGCCUAUGACCGAUACGCGGCCAUCUGCAACCCCCUGCUCUACACGGCCGUCAUGUCCCCCAGGCUCUGUGGGCAGAUGGUGGCCGGAGCCUUCAUGGGGGGCUUCCUGGCAUCUUCCAUCCAAACGUACUUUGUAUUUCAACUCCACUUCUGUGGGUCCAACAUCAUUAAUCACUUCUUCUGUGAUCUUCCUCCUCUCCUGGCACUGUCCUGCUCGGACACUUUUUACUGCCAAGUGGCUAACAUCAGCUUAACCACCACCAUCGGAGUGACAUCGGUCCUCGUCAUCCUCGUCUCCUACGGCUACAUCGCCGAUGCCAUCUUGAAGAUCCGCUCGGCCCAAGGCCGGUCUAAGGCCUUCAACACCUGUGCCUCUCACCUGACGGCAGUGACUCUGCUAUACGGCUCCAUCCUUUUCACGUACCUGCGUCCCAGCUCCAGCUAUUCCCUGAACCAGGACAAGGUGGUGUCUGUCUUAUAUUCCCUCGUGAAUCCUAUGCUCAACCCCCUCAUCUAUAGCUUGAGGAACAAGGAGAUUAAGGAUGCUCUGAGAAGAGUGAGGGAGAAGACCAGAUCUUUCUCUCUGCCUUAUUUAUCCUAA